UUAAUAGGGUUGAACGCGUAAAGCUUUUCCUCACAGCUCCGCUAGCUCCUCGUUUCCUUUUUCCGAUUAUAAAAACCCAUCCAUUCAGUUCUUUUGUUUAUCUUUCUUUCUUUAUUUGUUAUAUAUUCAGAACUUUUCAAUCUCUUUUUCAUAGUCUGUCUCACGUACGUAAUUCAAAAGUUUGAUCUUUAGAUAAUUCUCCUUCUCUCGAGCUUCUGAAGUCCUUCUGUUCAUUUCUUCAUGGCACAGGCGGAGCGUCAAACAGGGGAUGUUGGAUAUGAAGAGGAGUACAUAAUCAAUCCACGCGGAUUGAAGCUUUUCACAUGCAGAUGGCUUCCAGUGAAUCAAGAACCUAAAGCCUUGAUUUUCAUUUGCCACGGUUAUGCCAUGGAGUGCAGCAUCACCAUGAAGAGUACCGCGACCCGGCUUGUGAACGCUGGCUUUGCAGUUUACGGGAUAGACUAUGAAGGCCACGGGAAAUCAGAAGGAUUGGCCGGCUACGUUAACAGCUUCAACGUUGUCGCGGAUGACUGCUCUGAUCAUUUCACAAGCAUAUGCGAAAGAAAAGAGAACAAGGGGAAGAUGAGAUAUUUGUUGGGAGAAUCGAUGGGAGGGGCAAUGAUUCUACUAUUACAUACGAAGAAGCCAGACUACUGGGAUGGUGCAGUCUUGGUUGCACCUAUGUGUAAGAUAGCAGAUGAAAUGAGGCCACAUCCAGUGGUGACAUCCAUUUUGACAAAGCUUUGCAACGUAAUUCCAACGUGGAAAUUAAUCCCAACCCAAGAUAUCAUCGAUGUCGCCUUUAAAGUACCCGAGACAAGACAACAGAUUAGAGACAACCCAUAUUGCUAUAAAGGUCGGCCUCGAUUGAAAACCGGCUAUGAACUUUUGAGGGUCAGUUCCGAGCUUGAGCAGAGACUUCAGGAGGUUUCAUUACCAUUUAUAGUCCUCCAUGGGGAUGAGGACAGAGUGACCGACAAAUCGGUAAGCAAACUGCUUUAUGAUGUGGCCUCCAGCCACGACAAAACCUUCAAGUUGUAUCCAGGAAUGUGGCAUGGUCUGCUCUACGGAGAGCCACCAGAGAACUCGGACCGUGUGUUUUCGGACAUCAUCGAUUGGUUGGAGAAGAAAUCCAUCGUAGGAAAUCCAAGGUUGGAGUGGGAGCAGAAGCAUGAAAACGACGGUUUCUCAAUGACUGAACAAAACGCAGAAAAUUGCAAAUGAUUGUUGUUUCAUGGGGCCGGUAUAUAUAAGGUUCAGUAAUAUUAGCUAGCAAAUGCCUACAGGCAAUGCGUGUGAAGUAAACAACCAGGAGAUUCAUUUUAUUUCCUAGCAAUUUUCUUAAAUGCUUUGUCUCGACUCUUGUGUAUUAACUAUUAAGUUAUGCACUUAAAAGGAGAGCUAUUUUGGCUGGAAAAAAUUGAUUUGA